GUUCAACUCGUAUCCAGUUAAACCAAGUGAAUCAUCAUGACUGAAACUGCCACCGAAGUUGCUGCCGCGGCUCCUGCUGCUGCCUCGCCAGCCAAGACCACCAAGAAGGCCAAGGCCACCAAGGGAGACGCCAAGAAGCCGAAGAAGCCAGCCACUCACCCACCUGUGAACGAGAUGGUCGUAGCUGCUAUCAAGACCCUGAAGGAACGUAAAGGAUCGUCCCUGCAGGCCAUCAAGAAGUACAUCGCUGCCAACUACAAGUGCGACGUCGCCAAGCUGUCGGCCUUCAUCAGGAAGGCACUGAAGACCGGUGUCGAGAAGGGCACUCUAGUCCAGACCAAGGGAACCGGUGCCUCGGGAUCGUUCAAGCUCAAAGCCGACGAAAAGAAACCCAAGAAGGCCGCCGGAGAGAAGAAGGUAAAGAAGCCUGCCGGAGAGAAGAAGAAGGUGGCCAAAAAGCCUGCCGCCAAGAAAGCCGCUGGCGAGAAGAAGGCCAAAAAGCCCGCUGCCAAGAAGCCUGCCGUUGAAAAGAAAGCCAAAGCUGCCGGUGCCAAGGUAGCCAAGAAGGCCGGCACUGUCAAGAAGGCUGCUGCUGCUGCUCCCAAGCAGAAGGCCACCAAACCCUCGUCGAAGGUUGCUGCCAAGAAGCCGAAGACGCCGAAACCGAAGAAGGCCGCCCCGGCCAAGAAAGCUGUACCGAAGAAGGCCGCCGCCAAGAAGUAAACAUUUGAAGCGACGCCGCCAGGCACGAA